GACCGGCUUUCUUUUGGUACCAGCUUUCUUGGACUCUGAAAUCGGACCGGCUUCUUUAGAUUCUGGAUUCUUGGGACCAAUACCGCAGAAACAAAAUGUGGAGAGUUAUCCAAAAAGAACACAUAAGACCACACAAGAAACGCAACACAGAAACGAAAAAAUGUGGAAAGUGAAAAUGAGAGUUUUCCAAAAGAGAUCACAUAAAAAGCUUCGAAAAACGAAAAAAUGUAGGAAAGAUAUGGAAGCAUUAAAUGCAACCUUCGUACCGGCUUCCGAAGAGAACGAAGUCAUACCUGCUGUUGACA